CUCCACCGACUCUCCCGCCAUCAUCAGUCUCCACACACGCUGUCUGUCUGUCUGUCCCUCGGUUCCACACACCCAAGACUCUCGCACACACCCCUCCUUGUUCCCUUGUGGAGCUCCCCCUUGCCCUGGACGCCCCCCUUUGGCCUGGGGCCCAUGGGGUUGCUACUACGAGGCGGAUGGCAUCUUCGACUUGGCUGGCGGCUGGGUCUGUGGCUUGCGGCUUGCAUCUUGGCGCUGGCGUUCUGUUGUGGGCUCCGGUACGUACCUAGUAAGGUUGCUGCUGGUUCUUGCGCUGGUGCACGGGCUGAUGCGGGUGCUGCGUCGUCUGUCUUUGCUUGUUUCUGCUGCCCGUUCCUUGUCGCGGUGGUUGCUGUUGGUUGCUGGUGGAUGGUGAUCAGACACCAGAAGUGCGGCCUCCGUGUGCAAAGUAGCCCCCAUCUAUGCGGCUAUCACCCACAACACCCACGCCGCACGCCGCACACCGCACACCGCACGCCCACGCACAACGCUGCAGCACAGCGCAUCGAUGUGCAUCGCAGCGCAGCACCACGCUGCAACUCAACGCUGCACACCCAUCCGCCUUCUCCCCUCGUCCACCCAUCGCACAUCACCCUCGCCCGAGGCCAAAAACAGCAUCAGACCUGCGUCUGCGACCUGCCCUCCGCUGCAUUGCACCGCACCCUCCUGCACGCACAAUGCACCCUGCAGCUGCACCUCCCCAGUUACCCAGUUGCUGCUGCUACCCAGCAGGUGCAGCACGCCCGCAUGUUUGUUCCCAUCCAUCUUCGCUGGCGGUACGCUUUCGGUUGUCAAGUGGUGGUUGGCGGCUGUUCCUGUGUGGGUAUGCGUGUGCAGGCUCUCGAGCGGGCUCUCGUGUGGGCUCUCGUGCUUAGGCUCGUGAACCUCAUGUUGUCUCAGCAUCUCACUGCCAUGACUCUUUGUCGUCGCAUCCCCUCACUGGUUCAUGUUGUGCUUCCUUUUCCCGUCCCUCCAGCUGCCAGAUAUCUCAGACAUCCCCCAUGUCCCGUCCAUGCGCCUCCACCGCAAGUCCUGUAGCCCACGUCUAUGAUAUAUCGCUCGUGAUUUGCAGGCCGUUUGUGGCUGGCUCUUUGGUUCUUGACAGAUGGAGCUGAUCGUCGUUCUGAAGCCAAACCCAAGCAAGCAUCCAGC